GAAGGAAUGGACAUGAACUUGUAUGUUCAUCAUGUAUAAAUUUAAGGUUCAAUGCAAAGAAAGAUGACGUAUCUCAUUUCUUGAGUUCAUCUCUUUAUCUACAAUGUUCUUUACAUUCACAAGUGUCUCCAUGGUGCACGUCAGAACGUGCACAACAACAGUGUUCGCGUUGACUCAUGCCAUGGUGCACACCACAGGGUGCGUGACACCCACAAUGCGUGUCAUGGUGGGGGCACCUCUUCAAGGUGCGACGGCGGCACCCUUAGAUGCAAUGCCACUUGUUGGCGAGUGUGUCCACAACACAGCUCAGAUGGUAGCGUCCCUCCCGAAUGACGAUGAAGGCGGCACAACCUCAACACCGACAUGCUCCUCCUUCCCGUUCACCCUCGAUGGUGGAUCCACCAAAUCCCGAGGGGGGGAGGGGAGGGAGGUCGUCGUCUCCUUCACGGUUGCGGCGAUGGCCUCCAACGGCACCAGAUCCAUCAGGUCUGGUGGCCGCCUAGUCACCGCAGAGGCGAGGGUGACCUUCACAACCAUGGAAGCCCAUUGCGGUGCCUCUCCCUUCUACGCCUCCUCGGUGCUUCACCACGUCGACAAUGUCAUUGUGUCCGUCCCAGCCACCUCCGUUGCAGCACCAUCUCCUGCUCGCCAUGUCUGCUGCAUGGUGGCGGGGGUGGCCAACCGACGUCCGGGACUUGUUCGCCACCCAUGGAAUCUAGUGGCUCUUGAGCUCAAUGCUGACGGCACCCCUUCCGACGGCACCUAGUGCAUAUAGGAAUGAUGUAAUACCCGAUCUAUUAAUGUUUCUAGUUUCGGACCAUAUAGUCUAAGUGUUAUGUUGUGGUGGGUUUAGUAUUACCUUGAUAGCUUUAAUAGGUUUGGGCCAGCUUAUAAGCUUCUAUAUUCCAAAUAUAGCAUCUCCAGGUUAACCCUUUUACAUAAAACAUGGAUGAAAAAAAUAAGCUAUAUGUAUGCGGGCUCACCCUAUAAGUGGACUGGGAUGUAAGCGAAUUUUGAAUGCGGAGUGUUAUAGAUGGCAUUCAGAGUCAACCCUCCUUACACGAGUACAUACG